AUUACCCAUUUUCAACAAAGUUAAGAAUAAGUCAUGGAGAGCGCAGAUAAGAGUAGAUCACCCCCUAAACUCACCAACUGGUGGCAAAUCACCCCCUCAACCUCAACUGGUGGCAAAUCAACCCCUCAACUCACCUGCAGUGGCAAAUCAGCCCCUCUCUUAACCCUUCUGUUAACACUUAACGAUGUCUAUGAAUCACAAGGAGGAAACGACUUGCCCUCAGCGGGUGACUUUCGGUCGGAUGUCAAAGACGCUACCAUUGAAAUAAUCCAGUAUUUGUAUCUCCACGAUUCCCUGUUCACCGUCAAUAUCUACCCUUUCCUCAGUCUCCAUGGAAACAAUCAUUUCCCUAUUGAGUUUGCUUUCUUUGAUGGUGAAAGCACACGGGUUAAGGACGGUAACCGGAUUUACACGAACGUGUUCGACGCGAACCUGGAUACUCUGGUUUCAGCCCUGGACAAAAACGGAUUCUCCAAUAUGACGAUUAUCAUCGGAGAAGUUGGUUGGCAAACAGAUGGAGACAAAAACGCGAACACCCAAAAUGCAAGGAGAUUCAACCAGGGUUUGCUCGAAUAUGCUAUGAGCGGGAACGGAACCCCAGCUCGAGGUGGCCCAAUUAAUGUCUACCUCUUUAGCCUAAUCGACAAGAACGCCAAGGACAUUAAUGUCGGAACCUUCGAGAGGUAUUGGCGAAUCUUCGAGUUCAACAGAAAACCCAAAUACGAACUGGAUUUAACGGGAAAGAACGGAAACAAAGGUCUAGCUGCAGUGGAGGGGGUGAGGUAUCUGAGCAAGAGAUGGUGCGUUUUCAACCCAGAUGCGACUGACCUCGAGGAUUUACCAGAUAGCAUCAGUUAUGCCUGCGCUCACUCCGAUUGCACUGUGUUGGGCUACGGCUCCUCCUGCAAUCACCUGAACCCGGAGGGAAAUGCCUCGUAUGCCUUCAACAUGUACUAUCAAGUGAAUAACCAGAACGAUGGGAACUGUGAUUUCUCGAGGUUGGCGAUUGUGACGGAUGAGGACCCAUCGGACAAGCUGUGCCUCCACCUCAGCAAAAAGAAGGCCACGUCAAACAUAGAGGAAGGGCUGAUGAGCGGACCGUUAAGUGUUAACGGAAGGGUUAAGAGAGGGGCUGAUUUGCCACUGCAGAUGAGAGAAUUGUCUUCCCUACUGUUUAAUCUAAAUUUCAAAGAAGAGAAAAAGAAGAAGAAGAAGAACCCAUCAGAGCCCAACGGUCGUCUGCUAAAAUCACCCAACAAGCCCGCCACAUGGGAGGGAAAGAAAAUGGGGCGCUCAUUGGGAGCUUACUCCCCUCCCCUUAUCUGCAAAGCCACCGCCGCUUCCCACGGCCACGUCCACGACGUCGCUUACAUCCGCCGCGCCGUCGAUAUAGCCGAAAAAUCUGCGGGCUUCACGUCUCCACAUCCGAACUUCGGAUGCGUAAUCGCCACGCCAAGCCGAGAUGUCGCCGGUGAGGGGUACCUGUACGCCCAGGGCACGAAGCCAGCUGAGAUCCAAGCGGUGGAGCCCGGAGGCGAGCGUUGUAGAGGCGCCACUACCUACCUCAAUAUGGAACCCGGUGACUGCCAUGGCGAUCACACUGCCGUCUCUGCUCUUGUUCAGGCAUCAAAAGAGUUGUUGUUGGAAUCAGGCAUCCUUUGCAGCAUCUUAAAGGCAAUUCUAUACGUGCCUUGAGGAGUCCAGGUUUGCAUGUUGAGGUUCUGGGGGAGGAUAUAUAAAGUAAGAUUGUGGAGAUAUAAAUCUAACUGCUUUUCGGGCAUGCCGCAUGGGAAAAAUUGCUGCCAGUAGUGGAUAUGCAGCAUGGAUAAGCAGCAAAUUGUAUAGGAAUAGGGUCUCUUUGAACUACGGGGCAGAAGCAACGCAAGUAUAGUGGGAAAUACUGUAUGCAGGGACAAUCCACGAUUAACUGCAAGGCGUGGAGGAUAUAGUGAUUACGGGUUCUCCUGCAUGGCCUUCAGAAGUUUGGCAAAGAAAGAGGAUAUUCAACUCAGCUACCAACUCAUCUCAGCAAACAACUACUAGAUAUUUACUCAUGUAAUAAAACUGAGUCUACAAAUCGUAGGUAUGCAAUGCCCACAACAAGUGAGUGUCUUAAGAAGAGAUUUUGAAUUCAAAUUUUAAGGUG